AUGAGUGCAGCUGCCAAUAUAGCCGCGCUUGGAAUGGGCAGAAGUUUCCAUGCUUGCGCGAUUAAGUUCUUGGGCGAUCUUGGCAUGUUUGUUGCCAAUUCUCUGGUCAGUUUUUAUGCAAAAUGUGGAAGUAUGGAAGAUAGUUUCUUGGUCUUUAGCAAACUUCCUGAAAGAAAUAUAGUUUCUUGGAAUGCUUUGAUAUGUGGGUAUGCGCAAAACGGGAGAGGAAGAGAAGCCAUAGAUCUUUUCCAUAAAAUACAACACGCAAGUCUUCAACCUAAUAGCGUAACACUACUUGGUGUACUUCUGGCUUGUAACCAUGUUGGCCUUGUCCAUGAGGGUUAUUCAUAUUUCAACCAAGCAAGACUCAAAGACCCCAACAUGCUAAAACCAGAGCACUAUGCUUGUAUGGUUGAUCUACUUUCUCGCUCUGGACAUUUCCAGGAAGCAGGGAGGUUUAUCCACGACUUGCCUUUUGACCCGGGAAUUGGGUUUUGGAAAUCAUUGCUUGGAGGGUGCCAAAUCCACUCAAAUAUGGAAUUGGGAGAGCUUGCUGCCACAAAAAUUCUGGCUUUGGAUCCCGGAGAUGUUUCAUCGUACGUUAUGCUGUCAAAUGCACAUUCGGCUGCUGGGAGGUGGCAGAGCAUGUCGAUGAUCAGACAAGAGAUGAGGGAGAAAGGGAUGAAAAGGGUCCCAGGGUGUAGUUGGAUUGAAAUUGAAAACCGCAUUCAUGUGUUUGGUACUGCGGAUAGGACACACAGCAAAAAGGAUGAGAUUUAUACGGUACUGACGUUUUUCUUGAACAUGUGA